UUUAGUAAAAUUUUGGUUCCCUCUAAAAAAAUUGUUGAUAAAAAAGUGUUAACAAGUAUCGUUUCAAAGAAUAGGGAGAGAUGUUUUUCUUUCUACUCGCAGUUACACUAGCAAGUGUAGCAGCUGUGUAUGACAAUAAUAAUGCCAUUUGUCAGGAAUGGAAAAAAGCUUACACACCGCCAGCACCCACCAAUGCAUGUGUGGCGCCCGGAUCCAAAGGCAAGUGUGAGCAGUGCAUGAAAGAUUCUGACUGCGAGAGUGGUCGUUACUGCAAUGGUGCAUGGAAGAAGUGCAUCAAAAGCGGUGACUCAUGCUAUGGCCCUUAUGCUGGAUGUUCGCAGAGAUGCUCGGAUCAGGAAAACCCAACGCUCUGUCCCUCAUGCAGCCAUGCUGAUUUUCCCAAUAACUGGGUCUCAUGCAACAACGACCCGAACACUUUCCAGUACUACGGGUGGGAUAUGGAUGUUCCCGCCAUAGUCUACUCUAGAGAAGAGACAUCAUCAGGAGCCCUGGCCGAGACUGAUGAUUUUUCCCAGGGUGCCAUCUGCAAUCAUAACCGACUUAGAGCAGCGGGAGGGUUGGCGCCUCUGACUUGGGACCCGUGUUUGGGUUUGUAA